AUGCGCAUCACAGCCGCGCUCUGGCUCGCCGUCGCGGCAGUCGCCGAGGCGGCGUACUGGAUGGAGGACGUCAAACACCAGGGAAUCUCGCCCUACAACGCGGACCCCAAAUACCACGUCUUCCGUAACGUCAAGGACUUUGGUGCCAAGGGCGACGGUGUCACGGACGACACGGCGGCGAUCAACCUCGCCAUCUCGUCGGGAAAACGAUGUGGUCCGGGGACGUGCAAAGGCGAGACGACGUCGCCUGCUACCGUCUUCUUCCCUCCCGGUACCUAUCUCAUCUCCGGCUCCAUCAUCGAUUACUUCUACACCCAGAUCAUCGGCGACCCGACCAACCGACCCGUGAUCAAGGCUGCUGCCAACUUCAACACUACCACGAAUCUUGGUCUCAUUGACGGCAACCAAUAUGGUGCAAACGGGUUGAGCUGGGGUGCUACCAAUGUCUUCUUCCGCCAGGUCCGCAACCUCGUCUUCGACACGACUGCCAUCCCGGCUUCCUCCGCCGCCCUCGGAAUUCACUGGCCCUCAUCUCAAGCCACUGCCAUCACAAACUGCGUCUUCCGUCUGGCUGAGGGCGCAGACAGCAAGCACACCGGUAUCUUCAUUGAAGAGGGCUCUGGAGGACUUCUCAACGACCUCGACUUCUACGGAGGCCAGUACGGCGCCAACUUUGGGAACCAGCAAUACACAGCUCGAAACCUCCGCUUCUGGAACUCACAGAUCGCCAUCAACCAGCUCUGGGACUGGGGCUGGACUUACAAGAGCAUCUACGUCGAGAACUGCGGCAUCGGUAUCCGCAUCCAGGACAACAGCACCUCUUCCGUCACCCUCAUCGAUUCGCAGUUCGUCAAUGUCCAGACUGCGAUCCGAACCCCGCGUGCUCCUGGCAUCGUCCCCGUUACGGCCGGCACGGUCAUGAUGGAGAACGUCGCCUUCUCCAACGUCGGCGCUGUGCUCCAGGGCCCCUUGAACAACACCAUCAUCGCAGGCACUUUUGCGUCGAUCGUCAACCAGGGCUUCGCCAUGGGACACAUCUACACUCCUUCGGGCCCCACGGACUACACCGGCAGCGAGGCAUCCUAUUUCCCCGUGUACAACGCCCUCGUCGCCAAGACCGCCAACGGCACCAAGUACUACGAGCGUUCCAAGCCUCACUACGAGGAUCUUUCCGCCAACUGCUUCGUCUCCGCCCGUACCUUUGGCGCCAAGGGUGACGGAGUAACCGACGACACCGUCGCGCUGAACAACCUCUUCAACUACGUCGCCUCCCGGAGCACCCUCGUCGCCUUCGUCGACGCGGGAACGUACUACGUCUCCGACACCGUCUUCAUCCCCGCCGGCGCCCGCAUCGUCGGCGAGGCCUUGGCCUCCAUCAUCAUGGGCGGCGGCCCCAGGUUCCAGGACAUCUCCAACCCGCACCCCGUCGUCAAGGUCGCGCUGCCGGGCGACUGCGGCACCAUCGAGUGGUCCGACAUGAUCGUCUCGACCCGCGGCGCCGCGCCGGGGGCCAAGGUCGUCGAGUACAACCUCAACGCCCUCGGCGAGCCGGCCGGCAUGUGGGAUGUGCACAUCCGCGUCGGCGGGUUCGCCGGCACGCAGCAGCAGCUCGCGCAGUGUCCCACCACGCCCAACGCCACCGUCACCGCCGAGACGGUGGAUAAGAACUGCAUCGUCGCGUGGAUGAGCAUGCACAUUACCAAGCCCGCCAGCAACCUCUUCAUGGAGAACUGCUGGUUGUGGGUCGCCGAUCAUGAUCUCGAGGACCCCAACUACAAGCAGGUCACCGUCUACGCCGGCAGAGGAUUGCUGAUAGAGGCGACCGCGGGUAAGGUCUGGCUGUCUGCUUCGGGCGUCGAGCAUCACACGCUCUACCAGUACCAACUUUACCAGACGAGGGAUAUCUACAUGGGCAUGGCGCAGACGGAGACACCCUACUAUCAACCCAACCCGCCAGCAUCGAUCCCCUUCCCCCGCGUCAAGGGCUACCACGACCCGGACUUCGCGGCCGACUGCAAGAACGCCGACCCCAACGGCCCCCCCUGCGAGAUGGCCUGGGGCCUGCGCGUCAUCGGCAGCCGCAACAUCGCCAUCUUCGGCGCGGGGCUGUACUCCUUCUUCAACAACUACAGCACGGCGUGUUGCCAGAUCGGGGCCGGGGCGCGGUGCCAGCAGCGCAUCUUCGACAUCCGGGACGCGCCCAACAACUGCUCCAAGACGGAGAACCUGGAGACGUACAAUCUCAAUAUUGUCGGCACGACGGCCAUGGUGACGAGCCACGGGAAGGAUGUGGCCUUUUACAAGGAUAACAUCGCGGGCUUCACGGCGGGCAUUGCGUUGUAUCAGCAUGCUUGA